UUUUGUUGGCAAAAUAUCGUUAUAGCCUAAAAGAUAUAAUACAAGAACAAACAACAAAGUUAAAGUUUGUACUGUUGACACGAAGUAAAGAGGCCGUGUAUCGAUCAGCACACUAAAGUAGUAGAUUGUACACGACCUCCGCGCCAAAACUUGUAAAUAAAUUGAGUUACGGCGCUUGUUUUACGUCACACACAUAAUGGCCGCUAUGGCGUCAAUGUGAUGGUUCGACCGACAGGGUGGCAGUAAAAAUUACGCGAGUUUGCAGUCACCCAUACCAGUAGAACUAAUUGCCAUACUGGAGAUUUCUGCGAAAAAAUACUGACAUUGAGUGAGACAUUAUACUGCAGUAUGGUGGAUUUGUGUAAAAACAUUACGAAGAAUAUUUCAAAGCAGAUUUAUUGCAGUUAUGCUGUUUGUAAUAUGAAUUUUCUUGAAAUUGGAGUAGCGGGCCUUUGCUCUGACGUCGUAUUCUGUUGUGUCUGCUGAAAAAGUGAGAUGGAGUCCGAGAGUGGAAGUAUGUUCACACAAAUCUCAGACGAGGAGAAGCAGGCUGAAAAGAUAAAACUUAAUGCAGACAAAACUCUGAAAGUCAACAAAGGUUCUGCAAAGAUUUUUAAGGAUUAUCUGAUCGAAAAAGGAGAGAGUGAAGAUUUUGAACAAUUUGAUAAUAUGAAACUAGACAAAUUGUUGGGACAAUUCUAUACGGAUUUACGGCAAGCAGAUGGGAGUCAUUACAAAGUAAAUUCACUAGAAACAAUCCGUCAUGGAAUCAGCAGACAUUUGAAGUGUCCCCCAUUUAACAGGAAAGUUGAUAUAGUCAAAGAUUCAGCAUUUGCUGACAGUAACUCAAGCUUCAAGUCUGUUGUUGCAGAAAUGAAGAAAAGUGGGAAAGGUGAUGUUGACCACCACCCAAUGAUUUCAGAGUCGGAUAUAAAAAUUCUCUACUGCAGUAAGCAUCUAUCUACAUCUACGCCACGUGGAUUAUCAAAUAAAGUGCAGUUUGACAUUAGAAUGUUUUUCUGUAGACGAGGAAAUGAAAACAUGCAUGCUAUGACAAAAAACACCUUCAAAGUAUUCACAGAUGAAAAAACUGGGCGCAAAUUCAUCAAAAAAGCAGUUGAUGAGUUAUCGAAAAAUGAUCUCAUCGACAAGAAAAAUUCUUCAAGAGUGAUGCCAGAAGUUAAAGGAUCCAUUUACUGCCCAGUGCUCUCUUUCGAAACAUACCUAUCAAAACUUCAUCCCAGUUGUGAGAAAUUGUGGCAGCGACCGAAAGACAUCUUCAGUAACUUUGAGACUGUUUGGUUCUGUAAUAUUGCUAUUGGAGAGAAGAAACUUAGCACAUUUCUUAGCUCUUUGAGCAGAGUUGCUAACUUGUCAAAAGUAUAUACAAAUCAAUCUAUAAAUGCCACUGGUCCAUCCAUUUUGUCAAAGUGUAUGUUCGAGCCUCCACAAGUUAUGCCUGUUGCCAGAUUGAAGUACAUUGAGAGUCUUGGUGUGUACCAAUGUGUGAGGAAUCAAGAAAAACUUCAGAUGGAAGAAUCUCUCGACGCAAUGGAGGAAAACAUUCAGGUGAAGGAAGAACCUCUGGAUAUAGAGUAUGACAACGCAUUAAGUUCUACAGAAAAUGGGGGACCAGGAAUGGGAUUGGAAUCUGAGUUGCCUAAUAUGGAGUCCAGUCAAAAGAUCAAGUCCAUCCUCAACAAUAUGAUAACGGGGGAGAGAACUUUGACUGUAAAAUCUGUCAUUGAUGAUUUACUGAAGAGAAAUGACGAGAUCUUAGAUGAGGCAGACCCCACCAUGUACAAACCUCGUUCAAAGAGUGGUUUAGAGGAAUAUCACACAGACUCGGGACGUAUGCUGCGCCCAAAGAGUCCCACUCAGACCUGUUCCAUACCCAAGGAAGAUAUGCCAAAGUUAAGUGAAACGCUUGUGGAGUUGUCUGUGCGUGAUGCCAAUGCACAGGAGAUCUUUGAAAAAAUGAAGCAGGAGGUGGUUUGUGGGGUGGUCUCUAAAGCUUACCCGAUAUCCAGUACUAGUGUUAACGUUCAAAAUGAUAUGAAAUUUUACUGGUGCAAUUUUUGUCCGUUUAAAAAUGAAAAUAAAGAGGUUUUGUUAAAUCAUGUGAUGGAUCAUCGGUUUCAUUGCAAGUUCUGUACUUACCAGUCCUUUUCUAGAGCAGAUGUCAUCAGCCAUGCAGAACGCAAUCAUAAGGAGUUCCGGGAAUCGGCCAAGAUACUGAAAUACUGCAUAUUUCAGCCAGAUUAUAUUGCACUGCAGAACAAUGAAAGAAAAAGACUUCUGGAAGACAAAUCUGAAACGACACCGAAAAAGUUGAAGAAAGACCAAAAGAAAGAUGAAGAAUAUGAUGCUUUUGACAUGGAAGUGGAUGAAGUUGAUGAUGAAAACAAUUACACUCCAAGCAACUAUGAAUCCACAGACAAAAUCCUGACACCAAGCAGUACGAAGAAAGAUUCCAGUGUUGUAGGCAAGGUAUUGAAACCUCCAACUAAUGCAGUUAGCAAAACUAAAUCCACUGUGAGCCAGGCCACUGCAGAUAAACAGGAAACUCCAACCAUCAGCCAACAACAACCCACUGCUACUGUGAACAUGCAGUCCACAACCACAGGAAAGAGUGGGAACACUGUCACAGUUUCCUCAGGUCUAUGUUGGAACUGUGGUUACUGUGACUUUGUCACCCUCAGUCAAACAUUCCUGAAGACCCACCUCAACACUCAGCACACUGGUAAAGCCCACAAAUAUGUAGCCAUGUUGGUGUCUUCUCAGGAGGAAAUGAACAAAAUCAAAGAGCGUGAUGCGAAAAUGUACACCACUCCAAAUCUGGCUCUUUUGUAUGGAAAUGUUAACCAGACUCAGGAGAAAACUUUGUCUCCUCCCAUGGAUGGUAGUGGUCUUCCAAAUUCUACUAGGCAAUAUGAUUCUGCCACUUCUACUGCUAUAAGAGAGGAUGGACCAGAAGACGACAGUGAUGAUGAAGAGUACAUUCCAGAGGAAGAGAAAAAGAAAUAUCCACUGACUUACAAGUGUGCACAUUGCAAUUUUAAUGCUCCUGUAUGCUUUAAGAUCAAAGAGCAUUUACAAAUGAAGCAUCCUGGCUGUGUUCUUUAUGCUCUAGAUAUGAGAGCAGUGAAGUUGAAGCAGAGAAGAUAUGUUUUCUUUUGUCAUAGGAAAAACUGUUCAUUCACAACAAAGAAAACUGAAGAAUAUCUCAGCCAUUCUGAAAAUUGCACUCCGUGGUUGUACGAAAAUUGUCCAGAAAGUGUCGAUCUUGCCACCAAAAAGGGUUUAGAACUGACCCGGAAUUUUUCCACAAAAAUUUCACAGAAAGCCUUCCAAAUGGCUAAGAACUUCAAGGCAUCCAAGAGUGCUGAGUAUGCAUGCACUCACUGCAGCUAUACUUCCAAUAACAACACAAGAGUGAAAAAACAUGUUUUGUCUAACCAUAAGGAUCUGCAAACAGUUAUGAAAGACUUGCAGUCCCACAAAAUGAAGAAAAAGACCCAUGUUUACUUCUGCAGACACUGCCUAUGGGAAACUCGCAAUGAUGAAGAACUAACUGGUCAUCUCGAAGAAAAACAUAAAGAUGAAGAAGAUUUGGCAAAUCAACCAGUUUCAUUUGUGGCAGCCACAACACCUCCUGUUGUUGAAACGGUAGAGAAGAAGACUCCAAAGCAAGUUGUUUCCCAACCAGAGAUAGAAAUUAACACUGCUGAAGAUCCCACGGUUGAAGAGGAAGAUAUCGACUUGCAUAUGGAAGUAUCGGAAGAGGAGAUGCAGAGAAUGAUGACAGACUUUGUAAAAGACGAGGCAGGUAGAGGCACUUCUCCUGGCAGACCUACCAGGAAAGCCUCCAUUGAGGCAUCGGUUCGAGUUCGUGCCCAAGGGCAUCAACCGCCAAUGUACAGAUGCAUGCACUGUUACCACAUGUGCUUUGGAAGUAACCUGAUGAAGAAGCACAUAAAAGCAACUCAUAAGAAAGAGCCUCUACGCACUGUGGAUGUGAAAAAGAGACUUUCUAGACAGUUUGCUUACUGCUGCAUUUGUCCUCAGGAUAACUGUAAGUUUGUGAACACGUGUGAAGAGACUGUUUUAAACCAUGCCAUGCAAGAGCACAAGAUGAAGAAAGAUCACUCAGAAAUUCAGAGAAUGCUUUUACCAUUCACUCCUCAGGUUUCCAAUACAGCUGAAGCACAGACUUCUGCGUCUACUAGUACUACUAAAGGAAAUGCUCCUGCUCUCCCCACAGUUGGGUUUGAGUGUUUAUACUGCUCUACAAGUUUUGUUACCCAAGAUAUGGACUUGAUGAAAUCCCACAUCAAAAAGGAACAUCCGCAAGAAGAUGUUGUAUUCCGUGACUGUGUCGCCCGAAAGUUGCGAAAAUCCUCACGAAUCUACAUGUGUGAAAGAGACCAAUGUAGUUUUUAUAACUGUGAACUAAAAGAGUUGGAAUUGCACAAACUUGCACAUGAAAAAGCCCACAUCUUCGAGUGUGCUAAAUGUCAGUGGUUUACCACUACCACAGAUACCGUUCAGAGUCACAUGGCAACCGUACACCGUGGUGAACAAGUCACCACCAUAGACAUGAGUCUGGAUUUGGAUGAGCAUUGCCAAGUGGUCAAGAGAGUUGGGGGGAUGGUCAUCAAACAAGAACAAAUGGACAGAGAACCGGAAGAGAAUGGAGAGCAAGAGAGCCCAGAAAGUGAUGUGGCAAAUAUUAAUAACAUUGUCAUUAAACAGGAACCUAUUGACUCCUGAAGCAGCACAACUGUAGAUUUUAUAAGUGAUUCAGGAAUAUAUAUGUGUAGCAAUAUAUUUUUGAAAAAUUAAUCGGUGGAAAGUUUGAAUUUUUAUGACUUUUUAAAAGUAAGUGUAGCUGAAAAUUAGUUUUACCGACAGAUGAUAUAUAUACAAGUACACUAUAAAGAGGUUUGUAGAAAUUUUAAACACUGAAGAAAUAUGUAUGGCAUUAAAAGUGAAACUCAUUGAGGCUGUAAACCAUUGGAGGUAUACAUUGAUUUUAGUAUAAAGUCAUUUAUGAUAAUCAUGAAUUCAUGUACAUUGUGCUCAUUGUCAUAGAAAACUUCAUAUAUAAAUGACUCGAAACUUGAAA